AUGGCCGCGACCAUGGUCACCGACUUGCGCUCCUCGAAUGACAAGCGCUUCGCGGUCCUGACACCGAGUGAUCCGUCGUCGCCCUCGCAAGAGUUGGUUGAGAUUUGCAGGACUUUCUUGGUGGCCUAUUUCCUUUGCUCCAGCAUGGCCAUGUCUUAUCGACGACCAACAAGUCUGCCUUACGGCCCUUGGGUCGAUGACUGCAUCGGGACUCUGGAGUUCUCACCAGGCAUACAUCCGAACGAUUGUAGGCUCGUCGAAUGGAUCAAGCUACACAGAAUUGCAGAGGAGAGUCUUUUGGCUGUCUCUAUGGACGACAAGUCGACGGUUGACAUCUCGGACGCCAGGACCAGAUUCAUAUUGAAAGGUUGCAUGGAGAAGGUGGAAAUAUGGAGGCGUUCAGUCACAGGAGACAUAUUGAACUCAACGAUGGAGAUACACUAUCAGACAAUACUAAUCACCCUCCAGGAGCCCGCCCUUCACGAGGGACAUGACACGUCAGAUUUCAGGCCUCCAUACGCGCUACUCCCGCUGCCUCUGUCGGUUCAAAACCGAGCCGAUGUCGGAAUGCACGCUGCCAGCUCGCUUAUACCGUGUGUCCUGUCGUCGCAGUCUCUUAUACGCACGUUCCUCGGCCUCCCCGUCGAAACGCUUCGAUUCAUGCCAGUAGUGACCUACACCAGGGUGAUGUACGCCUUGAUCGUCUUGAUCAAAUGUUAUGUGUCAGUGAGGACUCAUACCAGCCUUGCUGACCUGCACCCGGAGUCCUCCUUGGACCCAGUGAGUGCCAUUUCAAAGCUGCUGGGCAGGCUCGAGUCGAUCAGGGACCAAGAAGAGGGGCGAAUCCCAGUUCCCGUAGCCUUUCACUCCAUUUUGUCGGCAGUCCGCAAGUGGUGUGUCAGGCUGUUCACUACGGACAUUUGCCAGGAUGUCGAGGACGUCAUGGAGCCGAUGCUGCAUUUAAGUCUUGAAGAUGAAAGAAACCUUGGCAAUGCAGAAGUAGAGACAUCUACACCACCGGUUGAACAAUAUCCUAGAACAGAAGCUCAAUUUGUAUCCACAGAGGUUCUUUUUGACCAGAAGGAGUUGGAGUUUAUGGGAGAUAUACGCUUUGAUACAUUGGUGACAGAACCGUUGCUGGGGUUUCCGGAUUUCUUGGAUUAUGUGGACCACCCCUUUGUGUAA